GCCGUCUGCAAACCGGAGCUCGUCGGCAAACGCAUCUAGAAUAUACUGGUAUCCAUCACGGUGCUUUUAAAAGGCAGCUAGAAAACGUUUAUCGGAUUAAAUUCACCUGUGGUUGUCUUCAUAUCUCGCCGAGUGAUGCAGCCGUCGCUGGAUAACAGCGGUGUGUGAAGACGCUGUUAGCAUCGAUCGUAUUGUCUCAGGGAGCUCGCUAGCUUGAGUCGUUAGCUCGCGGCUGUGAUAAACCGGAGAGAUAGCUAGCUGAGUGAGCUCGUGAGAAGACACGGUGUUAUUAAACGUUAACUCUAAACUCGGAACAGAAAAAAAAGGAAAAUGGCUUGUGAGCCUAAUCGCGCGCGGCUGCUAUGCAUGCUCUCAUUGACUUUUGGGUUUUUCAUUGUGGAGGUGGUGGUCAGCCGGAUCACCUCGUCUCUGUCUAUGCUGUCGGACUCCUUUCAUAUGCUGUCGGACGUCAUUGCGCUGGUAGUGGCUUUAGUCGCGGUGCGUUUCGCCGAGAAAACUCACGCUACCAACAAAAACACCUUCGGGUGGAUCCGGGCGGAAGUGAUGGGGGCUCUGGUCAACGCCGUCUUCCUCACGGCGCUGUGCUUCACCAUCGUCCUGGAGGCUAUCGAGCGAUUCACCGAGCCCCAUGAGAUCGAAAGUCCGUUAGUGGUCGCCGGGGUCGGUGCCGCGGGGCUCCUGAUCAACCUGCUCGGGCUCUGCUUGUUCCACGGGCACGCCGGCGGAGGCCACGGACACUCCCACGGAGGUCACUCUCAUGGGAAUAAGGGAAAGAGGGGUAAAACCGGCAAGUCCCAGAAGGCUGGGAACGGGUCUUCAGGAGAGGAGACCAACAACUUGGUGGGAAACCACAACAGCCCCGGUGAUUCAAGACCGAGAAAUGAAAUCAGUUGUAAAGACAGCGCAGAGGUGCAGAUGAAUGGAAACACCCCCUAUGAGGAGAUGGACCAUGACCACGACUCGUCAGCGCAGCUUAACAUGCGUGGGGUCUUCCUGCACGUGUUGGGCGACGCUCUUGGUUCUGUCAUUGUGGUGGUGAAUGCGGUAAUAUUUACCUUUGUGUGGCAGCCUUGCAUAAAGGGUGAAGUAUGUGUGAACCCAUGUAUCAACAGCCACACCACGGACCACCAGCAUGUCAAUCACACGCUGGUCGACCUGCUGGAAGGUCCCACGAUGUCGGCCGUGAAGUUUGCCGGCCCCUGCUGGGUUCUCUACCUGGAUCCCACACUGUGCAUCAUCAUGGUGGGCAUCCUGCUGUACACCACCUACCCGCUGCUCAAAGAGUCGGCUCUCAUCCUGCUGCAGACCGUGCCCAAGCAGAUCAACAUGCACCGGCUCAAUGAACGGCUGUUAAGUCUGGACGGCGUCCUGGCCAUCCACGAGCUGCACAUCUGGCAGCUAGCCGGCAGUCGCAUCAUUGCCACGGCGCACAUAAAAUGCCACGACCCCACAUCUUACAUGGAGGUGGCCAAGCGCAUUAAGGACUUCUUCCACGACGAGGGCAUCCACGCCACCACCAUCCAGCCCGAGUUUGUCACAUUCAGCUCGGAGUCUCGGGACUCCCUCUGUGAGCUGUCCUGUCGGACUCAGUGCGCUCCCAAGCUGUGCUGCGGCUCCGCGGACAAACAGAACUCUGAUAAGAAGUCCGGCAAUGACUGCAAGGCUGCUACAGCCGCUUCAGCCCUGGAGGUGAUCAGUGAGACCUCAGAGCAGGCUGCAAACGUUCAGGUACGCGCACGACCAGAGGCGAUUACUGUCACAAGGGAGGUGGAGUCGUCUCUGUGAGAUGGAGGGGAUGGAGAGAAACAAAGGAGAAGCUGGAAACUCACCACAUGAGGCUAAAAUCAUCAUUGUUGUGGAUGCUGUUUUGACCUGUGGCUCUGUCUGGCUGAAAAAUCCUCCCCAAAAACCUCUCUGUGUUCAUGCAUUUGAGCCAUUUCUUCUCAUCUUUCCUCCCUUCUGUUAACCUCUCCCCCUUCCUCCUGGCCUCUCCUCUGCCCCCCGUCCCCUCUCUUGUUGUCUGUUGCCCUGGCAGUGUGGUGGCGAUGCAUGUUGGGGUUCACUGACCUUAUCUGCUCCAGGACUGGAGCGAGGCCUGCAUGUGUGUCCCUCAUUAGCACCGUGUCGUGAUGCGUCAUCUCGUCCCAUGGUGUUUCUGUGCCAAAGCUUCUCACUGCAGGACUGAGGGGAUCUGAGUGACGUCCUCUCCUCAAAGAGGACACACACACACAACACAUGCAAAUCGGAGCACACAUCACUAGGUUAUGUUGUUAAGCCUUUGGACCUGUUGGCAAAGAGUCUACCUUUUUGAAUUUCUUUUUUUUUUUUUUUUGCGUAGGCUUUGAGCAGAUCUAUUUUCUUACCCUCUGGCCCCAAAUGGAAGAGUAUUGUAUUGCAUAAUAAUUUAAGUAUUUAAGUUAUUAGAAAUGAUCUAUUUCUCUCUGUAGAUGCUAUUUGUAAUAUUUAGUUUGGAUGAUAGAAAACAUUUUUGCAAUUUUUCUGUCUUGAAUUUUUUGACAUACUAUCUAUGCUGUAGUCAGUUUUUUCAAAUGUGACGUUUUAUAACGAUUUUAUUUCUCAAGAUGUUUCUCUGGCCUUGACUCAGUUUUACUCGCAGUCAUUAGUUGGAUACAGAAGCCGUAUCAACACCUCUCUCACCUUGCCUUUUAAAUACAAGAACCUGCUGUGCGUAUAGCACCAAGUAUAGCAGACACAGUGUAACUGAACCUCUUGCAUUGGCACAGUCACCUAAUUAAAAGCUCAUUCAUAAAUAUGAUGCCUUGCAAGCCAGAGGGUUGGGUCUGACGUGAAGAACUGAGCACUGUAAACCAUUAAUGAAAAACAACUCUCUGUAUGAAUCUAUACUGGAAAGCUUUCUGAUGAUGGCUGUUGAUUCUCAUUUGAAAUCCUCGUGAAUGUGUUGGGCACCACGUCACUGUUCAUGCCGAGGGAGUUUCUUUUUACAAUUCCAGGACGUUCUACUAUGUUUGCAUGACCAAGCUGAGACCUGGUGUUUGACUUUCAGGAGCUCCACUAAGAGCUCCGGUUGCUGCUUACCAGCACCUGCUGGUAUCCCCAACAUUACUCACAACUGCGUAGAGAAUGACUCAUCCUAUAGCUUCUCUGUCCUCUGCUUUGGGCAGCUGAGCAGGCUGUGUUUGCUGAAUUGAAGUCCAUACGGUGGCCUUUUAAAUUGAUACAUUUUCCCUCAUCACCACCGAUGUCAUGUAAAGGUGACCCAUCGAUAUGUUUUCUGAUUUCCACUCCUGAGUAAAUGUGUAUGCAAUAUAGAAAUAUGUGCUGGGAAAUGUAUUUUGAUGCGUUCCUUCAUUUGUAAUGUUCGGUCACUUUUAUUCCGUGUCUUUUAAGACUUGAGCUCUAUGUGCAAAUUGAAAACAAAAGUGUUUUUUUAAUUUUAGAUAUGACAUGUCAACUGAUGUGUUUUUGAUAUACUAUAUAUCUAUGGUACCUGUCCAGUGUGUCAUUGUGAAAUAAUAAAAAAAAGAAAUGGCUGCUUGGUACAGUUGAUUAGCCCAAA